GCUUACACCCCUGAAGCUUUCUUUUCCUGCUGGGAAAAAAGUUACUAAACCACACCCUCUUCUCUGACUGUAGGCACAGAUGUAGAGUGGUUCGAGAACGGAACGACGGCUAAAGGAAGUGGGGACAUGAUAACAAUAUGACGCUUUUUGGACAUCGAUAAUAACAACGAGCUUGUCACUAAAGUAUCGUUACGCACGACGGACAACAUAUGAUUUGUUUCCGGAGUGCGGUUCUCUUUAAAAAAGUAGACUCAGGAGCAGGAUCGUACAGUUCUUCCUGUUGCCAACUCGGUGGAUAUAAAGUUCUUAUGGAAUAUACCGACUUGUACAAUUGAGACAUUGUAUAUCACCAUCGGGCGAGACAGCAAAUAUGGAUACAGUUGGGCAAACGGAUGUGAGAUUUGUUGACAGAACGCAUAGAAGUUUCGUCCAGAUACCGUUGGUCGUGCUGUGGGUUUAGGGCGAGUUGGUCAGCUUUGAAAUUUGCGGUAAAGCACGGGGUUCGCCUGACUGAACGCUCCUUUCCUGCUAUUCUUCUCGUCUUUUCAGCGCUUCCUGCUUAUGAUGGCCACGGCACUUAAUGGCUAAAAAUACUGAACUCUAAAUGGACAACUAAAUGGAGUUGAGCUCUUUUGUUGAGAUUAUUAUUGUCCAAUGUUCUUGACAUUUUAUAACCACCGGAUGCUAAUUUUAGUGACUGAUCCAUCCAGUUUUCUGCACAUUCUUGGUUUUGUUAUAAUGGAUUAAGUUCCCCUUUAUUUCAAAUUCCAAUCUCAGCACAUACUCAUUGGUUAAUAUGUGACUGUGUGGUAUAAUACUAGAGUAAUUAAGUGAGCUAUGUGCUCAAACCACACAUUGAAACACCACAAGUUAAGUAUCAACUUGCUUUAUGGAGACAAUUCUGCCAUUUUACAAAUUGGAACACUUGGCAGAACUGGACACAUACAUGGCCUUUGUUUGAUCGUUGCCAGCUCCAAUGGAAACAUAAGCAGUCCAUGUCGAGUCGGAUGAGAGGCGCUUUUUAUCCUGUUAUCUUUGAACACUGUUGUGUUCCUGUUGGCCAGGCCUUUGAACACAUUUCACUGGUCCCUGAUGAACCAACUAGAUACAGAGGAACGGGAGAGUGGUGCAAUAAAGUACUCUAUUGUACUUUAUUUUGAAAAUCUAACCCAGUGUCUGAACAUUUGCUCAUUGUGGCUCCAUGGAGCCGCUGAAGAACAUUUUUAGCCGCGGCCCACUGUCGAACUGGAAAGGUUUGGAUCAAUCGCAAAAAGGAAACUUCACCAAUACCGUGUGGACGGCUUUAUUCGACUAUGAGGCGUCUGGUAAAGACGAGCUCACCCUCCACAAAGGUGACCUGGUGGAAGUUCUGUCGCUGGACUCUGAGAUAUCCGGUGACGAGGGCUGGUGGGCGGGCAAAGUCAACAACAAAGUGGGCAUCUUUCCCUCGAACUACGUCUCCUUCAAGCCUCCUUCAUAUGGGAAACUGCAGGGCAGUGGAGUCGGGGAGCUUGGGCCAGCCGUGGUGGGGGAGUUUGAACCUGAGGCUGUGGAUUUCAGGGAACUGAGCCUCGAGGAGGUCAUUGGGGUCGGAGGCUUCGGCAAGGUGUAUCGCGGUACAUGGCGAGGUGGGCUGGUGGCCGUGAAGGCGGCCCGCCAGGAUCCGGAUGAGGACAUAAGCGUGACGGCGCAGAACGUGCGCCAGGAGGCUCGGCUGUUUGCCAUGCUCACUCAUCCCAACAUCAUCGCUCUCAAAGGGGUUUGCUUACGGGAACCCAACUUGUGCCUCAUCAUGGAGUACGCAUCCGGUGGCGCACUGAGCCGAGCAUUGGCCGGGCGACGCAUCCCGCCGCACGUCCUGGUCAACUGGGCGGUGCAGAUCGCCAGGGGCAUGCUCUACCUGCACACGGAGGCCAUUGUUCCUGUCAUCCACCGUGACCUUAAGUCUAACAACAUCCUCCUGGCCCAGCCUAUGGAGAAUGAUUGUAUGGAAGGGAUAACCCUGAAGAUCACAGACUUUGGCCUGGCGCGGGAGUGGCACAAUACCACCAAGAUGAGCACGGCGGGCACUUACGCCUGGAUGGCGCCGGAGGUCAUCAAGUCCUCCACCUUCUCCAAGGGCAGCGACGUCUGGAGCUAUGGUGUUCUUCUGUGGGAGUUGCUGACAGGAGAGGUUCCCUACAGGGGCAUAGAUGGGUUGGCUGUGGCCUACGGAGUGGCUGUUAACAAACUUACCCUCCCCAUCCCCUCCACCUGCCCAGAACCGUUUGCCAUGCUCAUGGCAGAGUGCUGGGAUCAGGACCCACACCACAGGCCCAACUUUGCCUCCAUCUUGGUUCAGCUGACGGCUUUGGAGAGGCAGGUGGUGGAGGACAUGCCUCAGGACUCCUUUCAUUCCCUACAGGAGGACUGGAAACUGGAGAUCCAGGACAUGUUUGAUGAGCUCAGGGCCAAGGAGAAGGAGCUGCGUUGUCGCGAGGAGGAGCUGAAGCGCGCGGCGGUGGAGCAGAAGUCCCACGAGGAGUUCCUGAGGCAGAGGGAGCAGCAGCUGGCCCAGUGGGAGCAGGAUGUGUUCGAGAGGGAGCUCAGUCUCCUCAUCCUGCACAUGAACAACCAGGAGAAGCCCAACGUCAAGAAGAGGAAAGGAACCUUCAAGAAGCACAAGCUCAAGGGCAGCAAGAACGGAGAGAAGAUCAGCAUGCCCCAAGACUUCAUCCAUAAGAUCACAGUGCAGGCGUCUCCAGGGCUGGAGAAGAGACGCAACUCUCCCGAUCUGGGCUCCGGCACCUCUCCCUCCUUCGGCCCACGCUUCCGAGCGAUCCAACUGAGCCCCAGUGAGAACAACAGGGCGUUUGGUCUGAGCUCUAUGUGGCCCUUGGAGGGCCCUCCACACAACAAGCAGGCUAAUGGGGACCGGCUGGGCCCUCACUGGAGGCCCCAGAGCCCAAAGAGCCCCAAGAGCCCCAAAGUCCUUCGCUUAAGCCCCCAGGAGAGCAGUCUUUCAAUGAGAGCCAAGCUCCUGGAUAUGGACAGCAAUGAGAACGGAGACUCCAAGGAUGACUUUGAGGAGUACAGACCCUCCACGCCACAGCCUGCCCAAAACGGCUCCUCAGUGAAGGAGCCCCCCAGGGCUUAUCUAUCUCAUGGGGACUCGGGCAGCGAGGAGUGGCUGGAGGGGAGUUCCCCGGCCGGUUCCCCAAGGCCCGAGCACCGCUCCCUGGGAGGCCUGCUGAGGAGCACCCACCGGGCUCUACUGGGAGGAGGCUCUCUCCUGGCCUCCGUGGCCCUGGGACGACACCUGGAUGUGCCACACAUCCCCCCCAGGGUGCCCCCCCGGACUAACCCCCACCACCACCCCCCACAGGAGGUCAACAUCACGGCCCCCAAAGUCCCCUCCUCGGACCCCCCUGUGGUGGAUGACCUUAUAAUAUUCUCCAGCUCGGAGCACCUACCCCGGCCCCUCUUUGACUUCCCCUGCGCCCUGCACGCCCCUGAGGUGAAGCCCCUGCCCCUCACGCCGCCUCCCCCUCACCCCCGGGAAAGGGCCUGCCACAGGCAUGCCCAGGCCCUCCAGACACCCCAGAGCCCCCAGGCCCCACUGACCCUCCAUCACCAGACCCAGGAACAGGCUAGCCCAGGGGAGUGGGUCUGCCACAGGCAUGCCCGGAGUCCCCAGCAGCAGAGCCAGGUCCUGGGUCAGGUUAGCCCAGCGGAGUGGGCCCCUUCCCCCCACCACACCAACGGGGCGCCUGUCUGUGACGCCUGGGGCCACGGGGCGGACAGGAGGAGGAGGUCCAGCCAAAGCCUGCUCUCCGCCUCUCAACUAGUUUUAGACCUCCCCCUUUGCCAGGACAGUCUGGAGUCAGAAGACAAGCCCUCUGCAGUCCCCUUCUCCCUGUUCCCUGACCCUCGCCUCUGGAGCCCUAAAACACGUCGCCUGGAGGUCAACGUCGUCCCACGCCCGCGCCCCUCCCCCAUCCGACCCCGCAUUGACCCGUGGAGCUUCAUCUCAGGCGGGGGGUAUGGUGUUGUUCAAGGGCCCCGGCGGUCAGACUGCCACCUGCUGGGGUACCAGCCUUCGCCAACUAACCCCUUCACAAACUGUGACCCCUUCCCCUCCCCGGACUGUGACCCGUUCUCCCUGAGGGCCUACCCAUCGCCAGGCAUCACGCCCGACACACCGUUGCCCUUUGACCCCUUCUCUGCGCCGUUUCCUACCUCCCGCUCAGCGCCUUGCUCCACCAACGGGUCCCCGACCCUGCCCACGUUCCGGGUGGCACCCCUGAACCCGGCCGACUCACCGCUCAUCGACCUGGGCUGGGCUGCUGCGUGCGGGGUCGGGGUCAAGCCCCUGGAUGUCACCAAAGAGAAGACACGAACCAGGAAGACUCUAGGACUCAAGCCCUUCAAGUCCCCUACGCAACUCCGAGACGAUCGCUUCUAAACUAAACCCCCAACCCCUACUCCGACCCCCCCCCAGCCGGAGCUUGACUUUAUCAUAAGAGUUUUUACAGACAUAAUUUUUUUUAGGAAAGGGGUCCCCCCCUAAAUGGACGGACUGCAGGCUGUGUAUAUCCUGUGUUAGAAAUCAGAAGGAUUUGGAGUCCUUUUCAAAACAAAAAUGCACAUUACCCCUAYCCCCCCC